AUGAAUGAACGAAACAUUUAUGGUUUCAACCUCCUCCUCCUCUCCCUCGCCGUCUCAGACUUGCUGGUGGGCUUGGUGGCGAUGCCAGGUGAGAUCUACAUGAGCACAUCCUGCUGGUUUCUCGGUGACAUUGCCUGUUCUCUGUGGAGUUACACGACUUUCACCGCAGCAUCCUCCUCGGUCGGAAACAUGGUGCUGAUAUCGGCCGACCGUUACGUGGCUAUUUGUCAUCCUCUGCAUUAUAACGUCAAAGUCACUGUGAAAAGAAUUCGAUCUUGUGUUUGUCUCUCCUGGGUGGCUGCUCUUCUCCACUGUGCCAUCAUUUUAAAGGACCAAUUGGUUCGUCCUGGAAUGUACAACUCGUGCCGCGGAGAGUGCGUGAUCGGUUUUGAGGUUUACGCAGGCAUUCUGGACCUCGUCGUAAGCUUUGUCCUUCCUCUCAGCAUCAUCUUCAUGCUGUACAUGAGAGUGUUUGUGGUCGCUGUUUCUCAGGCGCGAGCCAUGCGCGCUCAUGUUAAAUGCCUCAAAUUACAACAUUCUGCCCCUUUCAGAGCAAAGUCAUCCGAGUUGAAGGCGGCCAUGACUCUUGGUGUUCUCGUUCUUGUCUUUCUGGUGUGUUUCUGUCCGUACUACAUUGUCAGUCUGGUGGCUGAUAAUGAGAAUUUUGGUUCAGUGACGAAAUUUGUUCUUUAUUUGUAUGAUGUGAACUCGUGUGUGAACCCCUUAAUAUACGCCCUUUUUUACCCCUGGUUUAGAAAAGCAGUUAAGCACAUUGUCACUCUUCGCCUUCUGCAGCCUGCCUCCCGUGAGGCCAACAUACUGUAGACAGAGUGGUGAUGUGGUGAUGUUUUACCUGAAUGUCUUUUUUUUAUCACUUUACUGUCAUACAGUUCUCUGCAGAGCUCCAGGUGUAUGUAUAAUUGUACUUAUAAGUGCUUACAGUGUAUGUGAUAUAUAUGUAUAUCAAUAUACAUAUACAAUAUACAUUCAAUCAAUCCAUCAAAUGCCACUACUGCUCUCUGCUAAUUCAUUUUGUCAUAUUUAGGGCCUCAGACAGAGAAUUAAAGCAGAUCUUGAUGUAAUAUUUAAAAGAUGAGUUAGAAAACCUUGAGGUUGUUGUGAACUGAAGAUAUUAACAUUUUUGACAAAUAUCUUAAAUAAGUCACAGUAUUAAAGUAAAAGACACUGGAUAUUUGUAAGUGAAAUACUGUAUUGGGUCAUCAGGCAACAAUAUAAACUGAGGAUUAACUCACAUACCUUCUUGUUGUUGUUGUUCCUGACGCAUGCACGCACACACACGCACGCGCACAAACACACACACACAGACACACACACACACACUCUCU